AUGGUUCUUCGAUACACAAUGAUCACACCGCCUCCUCCUGCUGGGGGGGAUGUGCCCUCUACCCUUCUAGAAGACAGGCAUGAGGAGCUGUGUGAUCUCCAUGCAGACGCCCACGAGUUCCUCAACUUCCUUCUCAACGAGCUCGUGGACAUUCUGGAGAAGGAGGCACGGGCAGGCAGGGCAGAGGCGGGGAGACUUAUCCACCCCAACCCCCCUGCUGCUGCUGCUGCUGCUGCUGCUGCUGCUGCUGCUGUCCCUGCUGCUGCUCCAGUUGCUUCUGGUGGUGCUGCUGUCGCUGCUGUUAGUGGGGCGAAACCGACGGUGGUGACAUGGGUGCAUGAGAUAUUCCAGGGUACUCUAACAAACGAAACACGUUGUCUGUGCUGUGAGACAGUCACGGCUCGGGACGAGGCCUUUCUGGACCUCUCAUUGGACAUCGAGCAGAACAGCAGCGUCACCAGCUGUCUGCGCAACUUCUCCUCCACAGAGACGCUCAACGGCAACGACAAGUUCUUCUGUGAUACCUGCUGCAGCCUGCAGGAGGCGCAGAAGAGAAUGCGAAUCAAGGUACCCCCAAGGGUUCUCGCCCUGCAUCUGAAGCGCUUCAAGUUCAUGGAGCAGCUGGGGCGCUACAAGAAGCUCUCCUACCGCGUCGUCUUCCCGCUCCACCUGCGCCUGUGCAACACCGUCGACGACGCGCCCGGCGCCGAGGCCGAGUAUUCCCUCUUCGCAGUGAUAGUCCACGUGGGGAGCGGGCCGAAUCACGGGCAUUAUGUGGCUCUCGUGAAGAGCCACAGCCACUGGUUGUUUUUCGACGAUGAGAACGUGGAGCAGAUAGAUGAGUCGCUGGUUCAGACGUACUUUGGGUCAUCGCAGGACUACUCGAGUAACACGGACCAUGGGUUGAUGCUGCUGAUGGUGGUGAUGGCAGACCAGCUGCAUCGGGAUUGUUGCUAG